AUGCUCUCCCCCCUAGUGCACCACAUCUGCACCACCGCGAUCCGACCGCUUUCUGCUCGUACCGCCGCCAAACCAUGUGGCCCACGCUGGGAUAGAACCAUCCGCCGUUCCUCAAACUCACCCAGAAACUCUGCUUUACCGCUCGACGGCGUACGUGUGCUAGAGCUUGGGCAGCUUAUUGCGGGGCCCUUCGCUGGUCAACUCCUCGGGAAUGUUCUCAUAUUCACUGCUCCCCACACUCAGCUCACGUCUCUCAGGCAGUUUGGCGCGGAAGUCAUCAAGGUAGAGCCUCCGAAGAAGGGCGACCCACUUCGAGUCUGGCGUGAGCUGGAUACUGACGGCUGUAGCCCGUGGUUUCGGAGCAUCGGGAGGAACAAGAAGAGUGUUGCGGUCGAUCUUCAUACGGAGCAGGUGUUAGCGCAUGGAGAUGCGCAUGUGACGAGCGAGCGCACAUGGCGGUUAUGUCAUAUGAUAUGUAUGUAUGGAUAG